AUGGAGUACUUGUUGACAAGAAACAAUACAAAUGGCGCAAAUGUAGGUGUGAUUCCUAUUGUGGGCAUGGGAGGGGUUGGUAAAACCACUCUUGCUCAGCUUAUCUACAAAGACAGAAGGGUAGAUGAGUGCUUCGAGCUCAAAGCCUGGGUCUGGGCUUCUCAACAAUUUGACGUCACCAGGAUAGUUGAUGAUGUUCUUAAGAAGAUCAACGCAGGUACUUGCGGCACCAAAGAACCAGAUGAAUCUCUAAUGGAGUAUGCGGAGCCUGGAAGUAAGAUUGUCGUGACAACACGGAAUGAAGAUGUAGCAAAAGGCACGCAAACUGUCAUCCCCUCUCACUAUUUGAAGGGAAUAUGCGAUGAAGAUUGCUGGCAGAUGUUUGCAAGGCAUGCAUUUAGCGGUGCAAGUUCUGGAGCAGUCUCGCACUUGGAAACAUUUGGCAGAGAAAUAGCGAGAAAGUGCAAAGGUUUACCGCUGGCAGCGAAAACUCUUGGGGGUCUUUUGCACUCUGUAGGAGAUGUCAAGCAAUGGGAGCAGAUAUCCAAGAGCAGGAUGGAUUAUGUAUUUGAGAAGAAUCGAGUAAUCACUUCAUGGAUGGCACAAGGUUUUCUAGUCCAGUCCAGGGGCGAUGAGGAGAUGGAAGAAAUAGGUGACAAAUACUUCAAUGACCUUGUCUCCAGGUCAUUGUUUCAGCAAUCACUUUACGCCCCAUCAUAUUUCAGCAUGCACGACCUCACAAGUGAUCUAGCUGAAUACAUGUCAGGAGAAUUCUGCUUUAAGUUUGUUAUGGAUGGAGAAUCAAGCUCUGGGUUGGAGGGUGAAAAUUCAGGCAGGCUUCCAGAAAGGACUCGUCAUUUAUCAAUCACUUCAACACUAUAUGAUGGGGUCUCUAAGAUAUUUCCUCGCAUUCAUGGAGUCCAACAUUUGCGCACCUUGUCUCCACUAACAUACGUGGGGGGGAUUGAUAGUGAGGUGCUGAAUGACAUGUUGACAAAUCUUAAGCGCUUGCGAACGCUAUCUUUAUAUCGGUGGAGCUAUAAAUCUUCUCAGUUGCCCAAUUCCGUUGGCGACUUGAAACAUUUGCGGCACUUGGACCUUUCUCAGACAUUAAUUAAACGGUUGCCGGAAAGUGUGAGCACCUUGUACUAUUUGCAAACUCUAUUGUUAAGAGAGUGUCGACAUCUCAUGGAGUUGCCAUCCAACAUUUCCAACUUGGUCAACUUACAACAUCUUGAUAUUGAAGGGACAAAUUUGAAAGAGAUGCCACCAAAAAUGGGGAAACUCACGAAGCUUCGAACUUUGCAAUAUUACGUUGUGGGAAAAGAGAGCGGGCCUAGCAUGAAAGAGUUGGGGAAGCUCUCAAAUAUAAGGAAAAAACUUUCUCUUCGGAAUCUCAGAGAUGUUGCAAAUGCUCAAGAUGCUUUGGAUGCCAAUUUGAAGGGUAAGAAGAAGAUUGAGGAGUUGGGGUUGAUGUGGGAUGGCAAUACGGAUAACACACAACACGAGAGAGAAGUACUUGAGAGAUUGGAGCCUUCUGAAAAUGUGAAACAGCUUGUCAUUACUGGUUAUGGGGGUACGAUGUUUCCAGGUUGGUUUGGAAACUCUUCUUUCUCAAAUAUGGUAGCGUUGACACUUUCUGGAU